AGACCCGAGUGCAGGGGGGGCCGGGGGCGGGGAACGCCGGGCUCAGCCCCGGAGCGCAGGGGGGGGGGAGCGGCGGGGCGGGAGGGGGCUGGGGAAAGCCCAAGGGAGGAGGAGAAGGAGGGAGAGAGGGAGGAACUUCCCAAAGUUGCAAAAACAUGGCUACCUCGCCGGCGGAGCCGAGCGCGGGCCCCGCGGCCGGGGGGGAGGCGGCGGCCGAGGAGGAGGAGGAGGAGGCGCGUCAGCUGCUGCAGACCCUGCAGGCGGCGGAGGGUGAGGCGGCGGCGGCCGGGGCCGGGGCCAGGGCGGGCGACGCGGCGGCGGGAGCGGAGGGCCCCGGAUCCCCGGCCGCCCCGGCGUCGCCCCCCGAGGCCGCCGCCUCCGAGCCGCCCUCCGGCCUGCGCUUCUCGGCCGAGCAGGUGGCGUGCGUGUGCGAGGCGCUGCUGCAGGCGGGCCACGCCGGCCGCCUGAGCCGCUUCCUGGGCGCGCUGCCCCCGGCCGAGCGCCUACGUGGCAGCGACCCGGUGCUGCGCGCCCGGGCCCUGGUGGCCUUCCAGCGGGGCGAGUACGCCGAGCUGUACCGGCUGCUGGAGAGCCGCCCGUUCCCCGCCGCCCACCACGCCUUCCUGCAGGACCUGUACCUGCGCGCGCGCUACCACGAGGCCGAGCGGGCCCGGGGCCGGGCGCUGGGCGCCGUGGACAAGUACCGGCUGCGCAAGAAGUUCCCGCUGCCCAAGACCAUCUGGGACGGCGAGGAGACCGUGUACUGCUUCAAGGAGCGCUCCCGCGCCGCGCUCAAAGCCUGCUACCGCGGCAACCGCUACCCCACGCCGGACGAGAAGCGCCGCCUGGCCGCGCUCACCGGCCUCUCGCUCACGCAGGUCAGCAACUGGUUCAAGAACCGGCGGCAGCGCGACCGGACCGGGGGCGGCGGCGCGCCCUGCAAGAGCGAGUCUGAUGGGACCCCGGCGACCGAGGACGAGUCCAGCCGCAGCCCCGAGGACCUGGAGAGGGGCUCGGCUUCGGCGGCCGCAGAGCCCCCGGCCCAGGGCUCCAUAUUCCUGGCAGGGGCCGCCCCGCCCGCGCCCUGCCCCGCCUCGUCCUCCCUCCUGGUGAACGGCAGCUUCCUGGCGGCCGGCGGCUCCCCGGCUGUGCUGCUCAACGCGGGCAGCCCGGUCAUCAUCAACAGCCUGGCUCUGGGCGAGGCCUCGGGCCUGGGGCCCCUGCUGCUCACCGGGGCGGGGGGCACCGCUCCGGCUCCGGCUCCCGCUCCGGCGCAGCCCAGCCCCCAGGGGCCCGGCGAGGGCAAGACGUCCUUGGUCCUGGACCCUCACACCGGGGAGGUGCGACUGGAGGAGGCUCAGCCCGAGGCCCCCGAGACUAAGGGGACCCCGGCGGUGGCCGCUGCCGGACCAGCCGCAGAUGAGGCACCCGGGCCUUUGCCCCAGGUGGUGCCUGGCCCCCCUCCGGCUGCCAGUUUCCCUCUGCCCCCCGGACCUGUGCCCCCCGUGGCGGCUCCACAGGUGGUGCCCAUCUCCCCACCCCCGGGGUGCCCUGCCGGCCUGGGCCCUACUUCCCCGCUGCUCAGCCUGCCUCAGGUGGUGCCCACCUCCCAGGUGGUGACCCUGCCACAGGCGGUGGGGCCGCUGCAGCUGUUGGCAGCUGGACCGGGCAGCCCCGUGAAGGUGGCGGCCGCGACGGGUACCGCCAACGUGCACCUGAUCAACUCCGGGGUGGGCGUGACGGCCCUCCAGCUGCCUCCUGCCACUGCCCCAGGAAACUUCCUCCUGGCCAACCCGGUGCCUGGCAGCCCCAUUGUGACGGGUGUGGCCGUGCAGCAGGGCAAGAUCAUCCUGGCUGCCACCUUCCCCACCAGCGUGCUGCUGUCCCAGGUCCUGCCCCCCACGCCUAGCCUGGCGCUGCCCCUGAAGCCAGACACUGCCAUCUCGGCGCCCGAGGGCACGCUCCCAGUGGCCCCCAGCCCCACACUCCCAGAGGCCCGUGCCCUGGGCCCACAGCAGCAGCAACAGCCUGCUGCACCGCCCACCCCUGCUGCCACUGCCAGCCUGACCUUCUCCCCAGACCCCGCGGGCCUCCUGCCUAGCUUCCCGGUGCCCCCGCCCGAGGGGCUCAUGCUGUCACCUGCCGCUGUGCCCAUCUGGCCGGCGGGGCUGGAACUGGGCACGGCCACGGAGGGGCUGCUGGAAGCCGAGAAGGCGAUGGGGGCACCGGCCCCCCAAGCCGUGCUGAGGCUGCCAGACCCUGAGGCGCUGCUCCUGGGGACCACAGCACCGGGGAGCGAAGUGGAUGAGGGGCUAGAGGCUGAGACCAAGGUCCUGACCCAGCUGCAGUCGGUGCCCGUAGAGGAGCCUUUGGAACUGUGACCCCAGCAGUCCCCCAUGGUCCCUUGAGACAAUGGUGCUUGAGCUCUGGGACUCAGAGUGGGAACCCCCCCCCCGUUACACCCCUCCCCCGCAGAAAAAGCUGCACGGAAGGAGCAGGGGGGCUGCUUCCCAGUCCCGGAGCCCACCCCUCCCUCUGCCCCCCAUGUACGUAAGGAGUUUAGGAGGCCUUGACUCGGGGGCUCUGCCCCCCUUGACCUGGUACUAGCUGUGAGCUAAAAACCCUGCCAGAUAGAUGGCUGGAUGCCCCCUCAAGUGCCCCCACCCCCCCAUGCCCCCGAAACACUACAGACAGUGCCACUAACACCCAACCUGGUGUGGACUCGUUGAAUCUGAGGGUGGGGGGAUUGAUGACCCCCAGCUGGGCCCUGCCUGCCAGAAAGGGUGCAGGUGUGGGUUGCCUUCCUUAACCACGCCCGGCCCCAAACCAAAGAUCCUCACCCCCAGGGGUGGGGGGACUGGGAGUGCCCCUGACACCCCCGCCCCCAGUAGAGUUUGUAUCCUAAAUCUUUAUUUUUCUAGGACAUGUUAUGCCUCCAUUUCAGCGAAAAUAAAAUUAAAAACUAGGAAGUGCUGGAGGUGUGGGCUCCCUUCCAAACUACUG